CGUCUCACCCACGCGCAAACCCAUAUGCAUCAUAUCAGCUACAUUUGAUUGCAUGCUGGAGGCUACCCAUCCGUCCACUGUUCCCUCUCCCUCUCUGCCUGCCUGCCUGCCUGCCUGCCUGGCCGUUUCGGCGAGCAGGCGUCAAGGACGAGAGGUCUGCAAGAAUCUACAGCUACACCUACACACACAUCCCUCCCCCAUCUACUUGAGCAGGUCCUUGACGCGCUGCACCAAGACGGCCUUGGUGCCACUCACCUGCAGGCAAUGGACAACAGGACAGCCACGUGUGAUUUGUUGUGGCGAUGGGUCGGCUGCGUCUAUGUGCGGACCGGCAGGUUGUUCUCAGGGAGGAACGACUUGAGGUUGUCGUUGGUGAGCUUCUGAAUGCUGUCGUCGGCUAUCAUCUCCUGUGUGUUGACGGAGACACACACCACACACACAGACAGAGACAGACAUACCCAUGGCCGCCCACAGCCGAACAGCCAGGGUGCAGCUGACCUUCAUUUUGUCUUUGGUGAGCGAGUCCGGGUCGAUCUUGGGUUUCUUGGCGCCCCCCCCGCCGCCCCCGCCGGCAGGCCGCUUCUUGCCGGCAGCCGGCUUGGGCACCAACUCGUCGCCAUAAACACUGCAUAACACAACACACGGAGGGCUGGGGGAGGCAUGGGCGUGUUGUGUGUACCUCUGUCGGAACUUGAUGGCGUCCUCGGGGAGGCUGCCCUGCAUCAU